AUGGCCGCUGAUCAAGAAAUGCCCACCUUUAAAUUGGUGCUUGUCGGGGACGGUGGUGUCGGGAAGACAACCUUCGUCAAGCGCCAUUUGACUGGUGAGUUUGAAAAGAAAUACGUCGCCACGCUGGGAGUAGAGGUGCAUCCUCUCGUCUUUCACACAAACAGAGGGCCACUUCGAUUUAAUGUCUGGGAUACAGCUGGCCAAGAGAAAUUCGGUGGUCUCCGAGACGGAUACUACAUCCAAGGACAAUGUGCCAUUGUUAUGUUCGAUGUCACUUCUCGAGUGACAUACAAGAAUGUGCCUAACUGGCACAGAGAUUUGACGAGAGUGUGCGAGAACAUUCCGAUCGUUCUCACUGGAAAUAAAGUCGACAUCAAGGAUAGAAAAGUCAAGGCAAAGUCGAUCGUUUUCCAUCGUAAAAAGAACCUACAAUAUUACGAUAUCUCCGCUAAAUCAAACUACAAUUUCGAAAAGCCCUUCCUUUGGCUAGCUCGAAAGCUUGUUGGUGAUCCCAACCUUGAAUUUGUUGCUGCACCUGCUCUUGCUCCUCCAGAAGUUCAAAUGGACCCUCAGAUGAUUGCUGCUUACGAGGAUGAGCUCAAGAAAGCUUCGGAAUCCGCUCUUCCUGACGAAGAUGACGAUUUGUAA